AAACUUUGAGCACUUCCAAACACUUUAACUCAGCACAAAUUUCGAUUGCCAGAGUAUUCGUAUUUUUUUUUUCAGGCUAAAAGUUCAAUAGCAAAAUUCCUUACAAGGAUCGCAGCAAUGCAAAAUGCGCAGUGCAAAACGCCCAGCGGCCAGUCGACAAAAAAUGAUUUAGUGAAUACGCCAGAGCAUUUACAUCCCGGAUACUGCGGACAACCGCGUCAAUAUGAUCCCCGGGAAUUCAGUCUAACGGGCAGCGAGGAAUGGCGUAAUCCGCGCAUGUUUCGCAAUAUGACAUAUGAGACUGACGCUGAGGCAAUGAAUGCGAUGCGGCAGGCCCAACCGCGUAGACCCGCCUAUCGACAGCUUGCAACGUCCAUUGUGAACAAUUUAACAGAGGAAUGCUUGGCCAAUGUUUCGGCGCCGCCGCUCCAAAUCAGCAUUCCAUCACAAAUGUCUGCUUCGGGUGGAGAGUAUCUAGCUAAUGUAACACCGCCACAGCUGUGUGCCUCGGCCGACGCUACUAAAAAUAGUGUUCUAACUACGGUUCGCACGGUUACGACGCACCGGGAUAAAUCCGGAAAUGUGACAAGCUGCAUUGAGGAGACGAGCAGAGUGUCUAACAGUCCGCAAGAUCAAGUGGCUCUUUUGGAAAGCACACCUCAUGCCUGUUCGGAACAGCCUCCUACCCCCGGACGUCAGCUUCAUCUUUCCAAUAUGCCAGAUCAGAGCGAAAAUAUAGCCGAUAUCUCAAUGCCGCUGUUCUAUGACAAUACCAUGCCAGCACUAAAUACUCGUAGACUUCAGGGCUCUCUGCCAAGCGAGCGGCUGACGGACAUCAGUGCACCUGCGCUAGCGGACUCAAUGGAGAGACGCAUGCGAAAUCAAAGCGUUUGCUUUGAAAAUAUAGGUGCUCCCUCCUAUCCGAGUAGCUCCGUUGGCCGCAGCUCUGUCAGACAAGAGAUAUGCGAGAUUUCAGCACCCACAUUCGCUGGCAGCAAUCUUGAGGAUAUAUCAAUGCCGAGCGGCAUUUCUGGCGCGAACGGCGACUCCAGUCGGCAGUCAACGCAGCAAUAUACCAACGAAUGUUUGAACAAUGUAACAAUGCCAAGUAUUCUGGGAUCUUCCGGUGCCUCGCGGCGGCAAUUUACCCAGAUGUGUCAGGACCGCUUAGAUGAUAUAACAAUGCCUUCCUUGGACAUGUCCGGACCAACGGGUAGACAAGCAGGCUUCAUGACGAGUGAGUGCUUGAACGAUGUUAGUGCUCCGUCCUUUGGGUCAAGUACUACCCGCAGUCGAAUCUAUCGUAGCCACCCAAGGUCGGUGCUAGCACCGAGCAAUUUGAGCUCUACAGCACUGGAGGACAUCAGCAUGCCGUUCUUCGAUGGACCAUCGAGCACUGCAUCUCGAUCCGUACAGCAUCGUUCAAUGCAAUCGCAGCCCAUCGUUGACAUAUUAGCUCCAUCUUACGUAUCCUAUGGACAGAGCCCAAGUGCUGAUGAGUGCUUGGAGAACAUAUCAAUGCCAUUAUAUGGAAGUAUGGAAGCUUCGACUAAUUCGUAUCUGGCUGAUGUUAGCAUGCCCUCCUAUGCUGGUGUAUCGGAAAGAUCUCUGUCUCGUCAACACCGAUCGAUACCUUCACAGACUAUUGGCAACACUUCAGUGCCGACUUAUGGCCACAGUGGACGGGGGAAAGUGACAAAUGAGUGCCUGGAGGAAGCCGCGAUGGCAUCCUUUCCACGAACUCCUACACGUCAACAGUAUUCGACGUCCACGCAAUCGAUGACACCGAGUUUUGAAAGCUAUCAAGAAUAUUUAGAUCAAGUAACUAUGCCAUCUUUCGAGAACUCUACACGGGGACCGAUGACUAACGAGUUCUUGGCAGAUGUCAGCAGGCCUUCCUUUGCUGGAGUCUCCGGCUCGUCGAGAGGAAAAACUUCGUCGCGACAACAGCGUCAACAUAUCAGUAAUAUCUCAGCUCCAAUAUAUGAAAGCAGCCGAGUAGGACAAAUGAACAAUGAAUGCUUGGACGAGGUCACCCAGCCCUCAUUUAGAAACACGGGUAGAGAGGUCUCUUAUAAACAGUUCCUGGAGGAAAUAAGUAUGCCGUCGUUUGGCGGCGUCUCGGGAGCUUCAAGAGUCAGAUCUCCAACGCGGCAGCAGCAGCAGCAGUCGAUGGCCUCUCAGAAUAUCUGUGAUAUAUCUGCACCGUCCAUUAAUAGCAGUGGAAGGCAGCAGCAAGCGAUGCCGUCCCUGAAUAUCGGUGAUAUAUCAGCUCCGUCCUUUGGCAGCAGUGGACCCGGAACAUUGAAUAACGAAUGCUUGGAGAAUGUAACGAUGCCGUCCCACGGCAACUCGCGUAAGGACAUCUCUUAUAGCCAGUUUUUAGAGGAAAUAAGUAUGCCGUCGUUUGGUGGCGUCUCGGGAGCUUCAAGAGCCAGAACGCCAACCCGGCAACAGCAGCAGCAGCAGCAGUCGAUGGCUUCUCAGAAUAUCUGUGAUAUAUCUGCACCGUCCAUGAAUAGCAGUGGAAGGCAGCAGCAAGCGAUGCCGUCCCUGAAUAUCGGUGAUAUAUCAGCUCCGUCCUUUGGCAGCAGUGGACCCGGAACAUUGAAUAACGAAUGCUUGGAGAAUGUAACGAUGCCGUCCUACGGCAACUCGCGUAAGGACAUCUCUUAUAGCCAGUUUUUAGACGAAAUAAGUAUGCCGUCGUUUGGUGGCGUCUCGGGAGCUUCAAGAGCCAGAACGCUAACACGGCAGCAUAAUUCUCAGAAAAUCGACGAUAUCUCAGCUCCAUCUUCUGACAAGGGUAGACGCAGAGCGCUCAGUAUUGAAUGCUCGGAGGAUACAAGUAUGCCAUCAGGUGCAGGGGUAUCGUCUUCAUCAAGAAGACAACCGACGUUACCCUCCGAAUGUCUGGACAAUGUUAGUGCACCUUCGUUUGGACAAAGCAUGAUGCGUACCCGAUCGCCGCAUUGUCAGCAAAGGAAAACGCAAAAUGACAGCGGAAAAACGUUUCAGGGGACAACUACGACUACGACGACUUCGGAGUUUAUCGAUGGUGUUAGCAUGCCGUCCUUUGGUGGAGUCUCAGGUGCCUCAACAGCACAAACCCCAGUGCGUCAGCAGCAUACGUUAUUAACGAAGACUAAGGGCUCAGCAUCCUCGUCCAAUAGAUGUGCACCAAUGGAUAGUACGUCUGAAUGCCUAGAUAAUAUAAGCAUGCCAUUAUAUCCGAGCUCUCUCGCUUUAAGAGGGCAAACUCCGCUACGAAAACAGCAAGCGAUGAACUCUCAGAAUAUCUGUGAUAUAUCGUCCUUCGAGAGCAGUAGACGCCAGCAGCAGGCGAUGGCUUCUCAGAACAUAUGUGAUGCAAGUUGCCAAACGUUGGAAGGCAACGGAAUGGGAGGCAUUACAGAUGAGUUUUUGAAUGAUAUAUCUAUGCCGUCUUGUUACUCAAGGCCUUACACUUCCGAAUGCUUGAACGACAUCAGUGCACCCUCCUUUGGACGGAGCAUAUCGUGCGGCCGCUCACCGCGAUAUCAGCAAAUACCUUCGAAUGCCUGCAGAUCGAGUACGGGAGACGUGAACGAUGAGUACAUCAUGGAUGUCAGCAUGCCAUCGUUUGGUGGAAUAUCGAGUGCAUGCCGGCCGCAUAGUUCCGGCCAGCAUCGGCAAAUGCUGCAGCAAGUGCAGCAGCAACAGCAGCAACAACAACAGCGUUCGUUGCAGCCUCAAAAUAUCUGCGAUAUAUCAGCUAAAUCAUAUGCAAACAGUGGACGUGGCAUGGCAACGGACAAUGAACGCUUGCAGGACAUAAGUAUGCCGUCAUUUGAGGAAGUACCGAGCUCAUCGCGCCGACAGCAAUCUAUGACCUCGGAAUGCUUGAAUGAUGUGACCGCGCCGACGUUCACUUGGAACAGAUCACCUCAAUGCAUGCAUAGGUCUCCUCCCAAUCGAGCGAAUCGCACUGAUGAGCUGCAAGACGUUAGCAUGCCUUCAUUCGGCGACGUAUCGGGAGCACGAAAAUCGAGUCGACAACAACGUUGGAUGCCCGGCAACUCAGUGACCAAUGAAUGUUUGGAGAAUGUUAGCAUUCGCUCCCUCGGCGCAUUGGGGGCUUCGCAAGCUCGCAGUCCGACAAUGCCAUCGCAAAAUAUCUUCGACAUAUCGGCACCUUCGUACAACUGCAGUGGAUUUCCGUCAGUGAGUGCCAAACGCAUUGGACGAAGUCAAUCGCAGGGCCCCAGUCCCAGAGCUCAACGGUUCAAUAGCUCCUCUGGCCGCAGGCAUAGUGAAUGCAUUCAAAAUGUAGCCAUGCCAUCGUUCAACGGCUUUUCGACUAUCAACAAUUCGAUGCCAAUGGUUAGCGACUAUUUGAGUAAUGUGAGUCCGCCCUCCUUUGGUCGCAGUGCCUUUACUCAAGAGUUAUGGAACAUAAGUCCGCCGGCCUUUACCUCUUCCUGCAGUGAACCACUCCAAUUGCGUCGGCCACGCUCUGAGCCAUCGUAUCUAAACGACGCCUUGGCUGACGAGAGUAGUCCCAUCUUUGAGCUGAGCAGCCGGGGCUUCAAGAGUCUAUAUCAGAUGCCGAAGAACAGCACGAAUGCCCUGAGUGACUCUCAACUAAUGGCUCGCCAGGUCCGCAGUUUUCCGUGCUUAGCCGGUCAACAAUAUAUCGAUGACAUAUCAGCGCCUUCAAUGGACAGUCGCGGGCCAGAGCUCUGUUCGGGCCGGUCUCGGGAUGUGUCGUAUCCAUGUGAAAUGCUGGGAAAUGUAACCGCCCCUUCCUACAUGAGUGGCUCAAAUCGUUCAAAGUCCCGUCAGACGAGUCGAUUGACAAGAUGCUGCAUGAGCUGUGAGAACACUGAGAAUGUCACAGAGCCUUCCGGGUUGGCCAAUAGCGCGAUGUAUGGUCAAAAGUUAUCGGAUCGAAUAAAGGAAGAAAUCCAACGUUUGGCGGACGUGAGCGAACCAUCGGGAAUGGAAUCGACAUUCUUGUGCUCAAAUGCAGCAAGCGAUGAUUUUUUUAAAAAUGAAAUGCUUCGAAAUGUCAGCGCGCCAUCCUAUGCGAAUACCACAACUCGUUCCAACACCAAGCAGACCACCUGCUUGACCAGCUACUCUAUGAGCUGCGAGAACAUUGCGGACGUUACGGAGCCAUCCGGAUUGGCCAGUAGCACGAUGUAUAGUCAAACAGGAUCUGAUCAAUUGAAGGACGAAAUCCAACGUUUGGCGGACGAGAGCGAGCCAUCGGGAAUGCAAUCGUCUUAUGUGCCUGUAGAUUCAAAUAUUAUGGAUGUAAGUGAGCCAUGUGAAAUGUUUUGCAGUGAUGUGUGCGCAGAGAUUAGGGACACCAAGAAUUCGGAACUGAAAGUCAGGCAGAUCGAAAUAAACGAGCCGAAAACUGAGCUGAAAAUUACGAAUAAUGAGGUCAAUGGGCAAUCCAUUGAAAACAAUGUGACAAGUGAAACGCCAUCUCCCAAGCUGACGCCGAAAGUGAGCUUUCAGGACCUAACUCACCCGAAGCUGCAGUCUGAGGCUACUGGCAAAAGUCCAUCUCGUGGUCAAUCGAAUUAUAGAAGGAAGACCGAGUAUAACAGUCAAGGAAACAAUGUUUCAUACAAUGGCUUCGACUCAUUGCCAAACUAUGCAAACUUCGAUGAGAUUGUCAACUCUAGGCCAAAAAACACCAGGCCGUUAACGCCUCAGUCAACGCGUUCCAUGCCAACCGAAAGUCCAACAAGUCAAAAAGCGGAAACCAAAACUCCACAGUCGAGGACGAUUAACAGUAGUCAAGAUAACGCACCUUUGAAUGGCCGAUCUUCUGUGAAACAGAAGAAUCGUAAUACUACCCGAUAGAGUCUAUGUUAACACACUCACAGAACGUGUUCACACUCAUGUUCAUUCCAAGCCAUUAUCUCACGGUAGAGGAUCCUGCAACUACAAAUAUUUCUCAUUUCGUACGUGUUUGGCCUGAAAAAAUUAACGAAAUUCGAGUGGACAAUAAAAUGCAAGUGAAGUACAA